CUGUCUCUCUCUCUCUAUGACGGUGGUGAUGAGAGCAAACCAGGUGAAAGAAUAAACUCAUUGAUCUUCUUCAAUCUGAAAACACAAUUCAUCUUCCCUUUCAGACCACUUUAGAUCUUUCGGAUCAAAAAGCUCUAAUCACCACCACCUUCUUCUUGAGUUCCUCAUUGCUGUACCUUCAUCUCAAAAUCUUCUUCUUCUGAGCUUGAGCUUGGGUUUAGGUUUGAAUAAGAUCUUGUAGAAAGACUCUAGAUGACUCCGAGGGUUGCAAUGAGGCGUCGGUCAGCAGAAGAAGGAGUUGCUCCAACAGAGCCAACGGAGAAAGGAAACGAGGGGAAGAAUCAAAACAAUCGAAUCUAUUUAUUGGUCUCUAUAUCCCUCUUCUUCUGGGCACUCCUCCUCUGCUUCCAUUUCUCUGUCUUAGGAAGCACCAACCCUAACAUUCCCAAACAACAGAUCCAGCUCCAACCUCAACCAUCACAAUCAAUCUCUCUUCGCGUAGAUAAGUUCCCUCUCCACCCUCCCAAAGACAGACUCCCUCCUGCUCCGUUAGCUAACUCUACGGAGACCGUUAAGUCUCAAGAGUUUUCGUUUGUGAGAGCUUUGAAGACAUCAGAGAACAAGAGCGAUCCCUGUGGCGGCAAGUACAUUUACGUCCACGAUCUCCCCGCCAAGUUCAACGAGGACAUGCUUCGUGACUGCAAGAAGCUCAGCCUCUGGACCAACAUGUGCAAGUUCACCACCAACGCUGGCCUCGGCCCUCCCCUCGAGAACGUCGAAGGUGUCUUCUCCGAUCAAGGCUGGUACGCUACCAACCAGUUCGCCGUCGACGUCAUCUUCAGCAACCGGAUGAAACAGUACAAAUGCUUGACCAACGACUCCUCCCUCGCCGCCGCCAUUUUCGUUCCCUUCUACGCCGGUUUCGACAUCGCUAGGUACCUCUGGGGGUACAACAUCUCCACCAGGGACGCCGCGUCUCUCGAGUUGGUUGAUUGGUUAAUGAAGCGGCCUGAGUGGGAGAUCAUGAGAGGGAAAGAUCAUUUCCUUGUUGCCGGUAGGAUCACUUGGGACUUCAGGAGGUUGUCUGAAGAAGAGAACGAUUGGGGGAACAAGCUUCUCUUCUUACCAGCUGCCAAGAACAUGUCUAUGCUUGUCGUCGAGUCUAGUCCCUGGAACGCUAACGAUUUUGGGAUCCCUUACCCGACCUACUUCCAUCCAGCGAAAGACUCUGAGGUGUUUGAGUGGCAAGAGCGGAUGAGGAACCUCGACAGGAAGUGGCUUUUCUCUUUCGCCGGAGCGCCAAGACCGGACAACCCCAAGUCCAUCAGAGGGCAGAUCAUCGACCAGUGCAGGAACUCCAAGGUUGGGAAGCUGCUGGAAUGUGAUUUUGGGGAGAGCAAGUGUCACGCACCGAGCAGCAUUAUGCACAUGUUUCAAGGCUCUCUCUUCUGUCUUCAGCCGCAGGGGGACUCUUACACACGGAGAUCGGCUUUUGACUCGAUGCUUGCGGGGUGCAUACCUGUUUUCUUCCACCCGGGAUCAGCCUACACUCAGUACACGUGGCAUCUACCCAAGAACUACACGACCUACUCGGUGUUCAUCCCUGAGGAUGAUAUCCGGAAGAGAAACAUGAGCAUCGAGGAACGACUCCUCCAGAUUCCACCGGAGCAGGUCAAGAUCAUGAGGGAGAACGUGAUAAAACUCAUCCCAGGGCUGAUCUACGCAGACCCGAGAUCAGAACUGGAGACGCUCAAGGAUGCGUUUGAUGUCUCGGUGGAGGCCAUCAUAGACAAGGUGACUCGGUUAAGGAAGAACAUGAUCGAGGGUCGAACCGAGUAUGACAACUUCGUGGAGGAGAACAGCUGGAAGUAUGCGUUGCUGGAGGAAGGCCAGCGGGAAGCUGGGGGACACGUGUGGGACCCGUUCUUCUCGAAACCGAAGCCUGGAGAAGAUAGCAGCAGCGAAGGGAAUGGAGGCACGACCAUUUCGGCAGAUGCAGCUAAGAAUUCAUGGAAGAGUGAACAAAGAGAUAAGACACAGUAAAGAACCAACCAACAUUUUGUUUACGGUUUUUGAGAUAUAGCUUUUGGUUAUAUCAUUGUUGUUAUACGGACAAAGAGAAAAGAAAAGAAUGAUCUAUUAUUUUGUUGUUGUAUUUGGUAUCAAAAAUGUAGUUUCUCCAGGUUCAUAGAGAUCAGUUUGUUUCAGCA